AUGGCCAACCAGGAUGCCUACCAACAGGCCAGUUCUCCCCCUCAGCCAGAUCUAGAGGCCAUCUAUACUCACCUGUCCCGCUAUCCUUUCUCCACCGAUCAAGAAUAUCAAGCUGGCCUCGCCGCUAUCCUCGGCCAUCGAGACACGCCUGCGACCUCAGAGGAAUUGCGCGAGAAAUCAGAUCUGGUUCUCCAGGCACAGUGCUUCUAUUUCUCAAGAAGAUUCAAUGUCACGCCGCCCGUAUCUCCCCGCGCAUAUUCGGCAUGGCUUCAAUCACAACCACAUCCACAUCCACACCUGCAAAUAUUCCUUCCUCCUUCUCAGCCUGAAGCUUCAGCGUCAGCACCGCCCGCAUCAUCAGCAGCAGCAGGAGCACUGUCUUCACCGCCGCAAAUCUCCGUCCAGACAGCCGCUUUCACCUCCCCCUCCACAACUACCGCCGCAGCUCCUUCGGGACCAUCUCAAGACCCACCCUACCCCACCUCCUUUGCCGCUAUUGUGGACCUAAUAACACGAAAUCUCCCCGUCCCAGGGAUAGAAGAGAUCCCGCCCACUGUGCUUGAGCCGGGAUCGAGUAAAAUCGACAAGACGCCAAGAAGAAAAAAGCCCUGGGAGAAAGAUGUCGACGCGACGCCAUCGGAAAAGCAACAACCGGAAGUGAAAGAAGUGACGCCUCUGGAGGCUGGUGACGCGCAAGCCACGAACAGGAGUGGGCAGAGCGAUGAAGCUAGACCUGAACCCGAAGGAAUCGACAUCAACGGACACAGACCUGCUGGCGAAGGUUUGGUAAAGAUUCUUCAACCCAACGCCAUUCCAGACAGCGGACUGCUCAAAAGGGAUUGA